GGUCCCAGCCCGGGGCUGUUCGCGCCUGCGCGGUGGGCGCCGAGCGUGCGGAGGGCGGUGCUGCGGCCGCCGCCGGGGUCGCCUGGCAACCGGGUCCCUAGCAACGGGCGUGCUCUACCCGGACCUCGCGCUGGGGCAGUGGUUCCUGCAGAGCUUCAUUUGAAAGCUAGAGAGUCACCCUCUGCAGGUUUGAGGAGAUGGCCAGUGCCCAGAUCUCCAUGUACCUGCCCCCCGAUGUCAACCCCAGCCAGGCUGCCAUUGCCUAUGGCUGUCAGGCGUUGCCCAAGCUGAACAAGGAGCUGCAGUCCGAGGACCUGCUGACGAGGCAGAAAGCCCUCAUGGCUCUGUGUGACCUCGUGCACGACCCUGAGCAUGUCUACGUGGCCAUCGACAUAGGCUGCCUGGAGAGCCUGAAAGCUUUGCUGAAGGACACCAAUGACAUGGUGCGGCUGAAGACCACCGAGGUGCUCUACAUCAUGGCGACCCAUAACGUGGGCAGAGAAGGCUUUUUGAAGUACGACGUCAUCCACGCCCUGUCCUACCUGCUGCACGACCCGCAGGCAGCCUGCCGGGAGAACCUGCACCUGGCGUAUAAGCACCUGGCCCAGGUGCCCUCAGGGGCGCAGGGCAUUGUCAACAGUGGCCUGAUCCCCGCACUGGUGUGGAAGCUGCAGAGGGAGGAAGAAAAUAUCCAGGAGCUUCUCCUGGACACGCUGGCGGCCUGCCUGAUGGAGGAUGCCACUGAGGCGCUGGACAGCCGCCUGGUGCCCUUCCUGAAGGAGAAGCUCCUCAGCGCCAACAACAACAUCCGCAGCAAAGCCGCCCGCACACUCGUGGCCAUCAGAGCCACCCAGCUGUCCCUUCUCUGGCCCAGCAUCCCUCUGGAGGGCAAGAAGCAGAUAUGGCAGUAUGACGUCAUCCCCAUCCUGGUGCAUCUGCUGAAAGACAAGGUGAAGGAGGUGCAGGCCAACGCUGCCGGGGCCCUCAUGUACGCCACGGUGACCACUGAAGGGAAGUACGCAGCCCUGGACGCAGAAGCCAUCACCCCGCUCCUGGGGCUGCUCUUCUCACCCUUGAGCAAGGCCCGCCUGAACGCCAUCAAGGCCCUCACCAUGCUGGCCGAGGCCCCUGAGGGCCGCAGGUUCCUGCAGGCCCACGUGCCCAACUUCCGUGCCCUUGAGAAGGAUGACAAUGAGGCUGUGCGGAGGGCAGCCCUGGUCGCCAUCAAAGUUGUCGAGUGGAAACCUUGAGCAUCUUAUCAGGCCAGCCCUGAUAGGUGCCAUGCCUGA